AUUCAUUUAUAGAAAUUAGAAUAUUAAGAAUUUUAAUAAAAUGAUGAAAAGUGUAUUACAAACUCACUCAUCACGAUAAAUAGUUGGUUAACUUCUUGAUAAUUGUUUUGAAGUUCUGAAAGCAUUUUUAGAAUAAGCUAUUAAACAUGAUGAGGUUUCACCAGAAAAUAUCAUUUAAAUAAACAAAGAUUUGAUGGGAGCAAUAAAUUUCUAUAUUGGGAAUUACGAUUUCAUUUAGGGUAUUUAUACAUUCUAUAAUGGUAUAAAGAAUAAACACAUAGUAAUUCUAAAUUUUUGAGAAAUCUUUUAUUUGAAAUAAAACACUACAGAAAUAAUUGGGCUCAUUCUUAAGAUUUUACUUUGAGAGAAGUUCAUAGGUUAUUAAAAAAAAAGAUUAUAUAGAAUUGCUGAUACAAUUUUGAUGAUGUUUGAUGAAUUAAGUUUGAAUAUAAAUAAUGAAGUGUAUCUAUUUGUUAAUUAAAUAAGGAUGGAGUCUAUAUAAGUAAUGAGUUUAUAAUUACAAUAAUCAUAAAAAUAUUGA